AUGGCUCUUUUCCACUACGGAGGCUGCUUCCCUUUCGUGCAGCAGCUGAUCGCAGAAGACAUGCUGGUCUUGAUGAAAGAUUUACUCUCAUCCACCGAGAUCAGCCCCCAGAACUUCAAUGACGUGCUGCAGUGCACGAGACAUCUCCAAACUGUUCUGCGCUCACUUACCAAGCUUCAGCGGCAGCAGUGGGUAUCCCUCUUGGUCAGAAUCUUGCACCAUCAGGCCAGUACCAAUUGCCAACAGGUCAUAGUCGGGGACCUGCAGAUCCUCUGGCGAACUGACGGUGAUCCCAGCCGAACCUUUGCAGAAGCAGAGAAGCAACUCCGGGUUUUAUCCAACACCGCCAGCUCGCUCGCUGUGCGGUCAGAUCUGAACGAGCUCCUCUGGCGCUGCUGA